GGCGCAGUUACUCAUUGCAAGCCCACGCAACUCUAAACUGUUUCCGCGUAUUCCCACUGAAAUGUAAUAAUACUUUGAAGUGGGUAUUAUUCCGCGUUUAGUUGUGACGUUUUAGUCAUGCGUUUAGUCUUUGACAGUUCGUUAAAAAUGCGUAAGCUGUGUAUCAUAGUAAUAAUUUGUGUGCUGUUAAUGCUUAUCGCGACAGAUACUUCCGCGUACAUUACGGGCUACUCGAUGGAAAGUAAAGAUAUUUGCCAUCCUCUAGGCAAUAAAAAAACCAAUGAAUUACCCAACAUUGAUGAUUCGGCUGUGAUUAUUAAGCCUGACCACAUGUUCGAUCGAUGGACUGCGAUCACUGCCGAUCAAACAUGCAAAUUUGUUUUCAAAACUGCAAACCGUCAUAUAGGCUUGUUCGCCGUUAUACAGAAAAUGUCAUUUCGAACUAACGGAACCAACCCAAAUAAUGGAACCAAGAAUUGCAUAGAUUAUAUUCAGUUCAAGGAAGAUAGCGGAAAAAGCCAUAAGUUCUGCGGCACAUUCAAUCAGAGAGACAAAAGCUCUCAGGAAAGCACGGAAACACCAAAUUCCAUACAAUUUGGAAAAUUGGAAUUUAAAAGUCCCAAGGGAAAAUUGGAGACUCAUAUAUCAAUCUCCAAACAAAGAUUACUGCCUGGCGAAUAUCUGGAUAUUAGCAUUGUCUACACGCCUUACAAAGAAUGCGACAAAGUGAACGAUCCAAGUAAAUACCCACCAAAUACUAACAAUACGUGUAUAUGGGCAGGUUAUUACUGUGAUGGUUAUAAAAAUUGUGCCUUUGACAAUUGCCUGGAUGAGGCUGGUUGUGAAAUACCUGUCGAAGGCACCUCUGGUACAAAGGUGACCAUGGGUGCCGUGGGUACGCUCAUAUUUGCCUUCUUAUUGUUUCUCACGUGUUUGUGGGUUUGUCGCAGGCAUAAAAAAUUAUGUUGGUCUCCUGACUGUGCUGGACCGAACGUUGACAGUGCAAAUUCUCAACCCUUAGAUUUGGGAAUACGAGAUGUUAAUAGUCAGUCGAACGUUCCCAGUGCGCCAAUAUUACAUGAGCCAACGACACGGCCUGUUCAGGACAAAGAUCUACCUCCGAGUUACGAUUCACUCUUUCCAGAUCCAACCGUAGCUGGAACUACUACGUAAUUUUUUUUAUCUGAGUCAGGAAGUAAAACUUUCAUUUGCAUUACAGUCAUUAGUUCAAAUCGUCAGAGUAACUGAUUGUUGGACAAAUAUGAAAAUGAAAAUGAAAUCUCAGUCGGAAUUUCGUGCCAAAAAAUAAAAAAAAAACGACAUUUCGAUUUUUGAGAAGCGCUGAACAAUUUUUAAAGCCUUCUUCAAUUUAUUUGCGCAGGAUACGUUUUUUAAUGCAAUGUUUUCUACAACGAUAACGUUUUCGUAGAAGACACAUGUACAAUCGUUUUGCUUUUUUUUUUUUUUCAAUUAUUGGUAAAACAAUACCGUAACUUUAAUUGCGUUCAUUCGUUAUAGAAAAUCAUGUUUUUUUUUUCUCUUGAAUGCUAGAUAAAUCUGCCACACGGGUACUGGCAAUAGAUAUUUGACGUGUGAUAGAAUAUUGGCAAGGAAAGUGAGACUAAAAUAUAAUAUUUGCACUCGCAUGUUGUAUUUCGUGUGAUAAUUGGUUGGCUUUACAAAUAAUAAGUAAAUUCAAAGUAUGAUUUCGAUAAGAAAAUUAAGAUCUUCUAAAUCAUGCAUAUUUAGUCUAAACUAAAGUCUUUUCCUGCAUUCAUAAAAUGAGAAAAUUGUAAAUACAGCAACUAUCAGCCAAUCUCUAUUUAACAAUACAAAUAGCUGCGUACAUACUGAAGUACAGAAUCUCCAAUGUGAUAGUUUUUAAUUAUUUUUAUACUAUGAAUAUAAAAUAAUAUAAAAUAAUAUUUGAUCAAAUUUACCACCAUAUAAUACGAAGCGCAUACCGACCGCUGCUGCGAUAGUUGGAAUAUUUUGCAACGUCCGAGUAUACUGUUUAUCACAAAAUAAGUUUCCUACGGUCGUUUGUAAAGCUGUAUAUCAAUUUUUAUUUUUAUCCAUGUAUUUAACCCUGACAUUUCGAUGCUAUUGAUAUAUAUAACGGUACUUAUAUUUUUUUUUCUUUUGUUAUGUAUAUAUUGGCAGUUUACAAAAUAUGCAUUAGGAACACACUGGCCAUAAUUUUUUUUUUCCCAUUUUGUAUACAAAUUAAUUACCAUUAAAUAAGUUUUUUUGCACAAGAAUAAACGGAAUGACGGUUUUUAUUAUUAUUUUUUUUUCUUCAAAAGCUAAUGUGUUUUUCAAAAAAUUAUUAUGAUUUAACAAUUUGAUAUGAAAUAAUUCGGAGGCUUACAACCUUUCUCGGCAAAAGUUAGGUUUGGUUACAUGUAAUAAACUUAUAUGUUGAGAAAUUAUUUGAUAUUUUGUAGCAGUGAGAAAUAUUUUUUGAAAAACGAUGAAAAAUACAAUUUUUUUUUUUGUAUAAAGUGCCAUGACUUUUUAUGCGGUCGUUAACGAAUUUAUUAGUUAAUCUUAAGCCUAUGUCAAGUUAGAGGAGUCUGAUUAACGAUGGACCAAGAUAAAAGUUUGAAAAUAUAUUUUAUCGAGAAUACCCAUUCUUUUAAAAUAACUGUGAUAUACAUAGGGAUAUACAAGUUCAAGAAAAAUUCUGAUACAAUACGAAUCUCAAUACUAGUGCAUGUUUCAAGGACGGGUAAUGAAUUAGUAUAAAAACCAAAAACAUCUCCGGUUAUUUUAUAGCCAACACAAUAUUUAAACACAUAGCAAUUUCUACUUAUUUUUAUAGAAUAAUAAUUAUAUAAUAUCGACA